UUAACAGAAGAGCAGUACGUUGUUCUGUUCAUACCCAUAUACAAGCAAAUUAAGAAUUUCCCUACUGUUUUGUCAAUCAUAAUGGAUAUAACUGGGUCAUCUGCAGGACUCAAGUAUGAGUGCUUGCUUUUUGAUUUGGACGAUACGCUAUACCCCAUGAGCUUAGGUCUCAAUUUUGCUUGUCGCAAAAAUAUAGAAGAAUACAUGUUGAAAUAUUUGGACAUAGAAGAAUCUCAAGUCCCAAGUAUGUGCUUGGACUUGUACAGAGAACACGGGACUACCAUGGCCGGUUUGAAGGCUCUUGGUUACACAUUCAAUGACGAUGCGUUUCAUGCUUUUGUUCAUGGAACCUUACCUUACCAUGUUCUUAAACCCGAUAUGGUGCUUAGAAACCUUCUGCUAUCUCUGCCACAACGAAAGAUUAUUUUUACUAACGCGGACAAAGCACAUGCAGCUCAAGUCCUGAGUAGGAUGUGCUUGGAAGACUGUUUUGAAGGCGUCAUCUGCUUUGAAACACUUAAUCAACCUCGAAUUGGAACUGAAGGUGGGAUGAACAAUUCCGUAAUGGAACUUAGUACUGAAACUCAAGGCAACGUUUGCGAAGAUGAUCACACAAGGCUUGGCUCUCCUACACGAAUCAUAUGCAAACCAGCCCUUGAUUCAUUUGAAGCCGCCACUAUCAUUGCCAAUAUUGACCCCAAUAAAACAAUCUUCUUUGAUGAUAGCGUCAGAAACAUCGCCACUGCAAAGACUGCUGGAUUUCAUACCGUCAUUGUGGGAAGGUCAAGUCUUGUGUCAGGGGCAGAUUAUGCUUUAAGCAGCAUCCACAAUAUAAGAGAAGCAUUUCCUGAACUUUGGGAGGGUAAAAGCAGAGAACAUUUGGAAAAAGUAUUUACCCAAGCUACUCCUGUGGAAACUGUCGUCAAUGCAUAGGACGUCGGUCAAUCUAAUAUGUGUGGUUGACCGAUAUCCUACAUAGUACUUAAUGUGAAAACUGCAGAACGAAAAAGAUACACGCUACCUAAGAUGAUAUAUAUUUAUCAAAAAGCUAAAUUAUAUGUGUAUUGAUUAUCAAUAUAUACACAAACAAAUAAACAAUCUUAUUCAGUUCUGCGUUAACUCAUUAGAGUAUUUUACCGCUAU